AUGCCUCACGACGACCCGUCCAAAUCAAGACGAAAGAGUAAGAAGUCAAAAGGCAAAGACAGAGCGCACUCUCAUCACGAUCAGCCGGCUUUUCCCACCACUCGACGUGAUUCUGUAUCUUCGAGUACUAUAUACGGAGGUCAGACUGGAGGGGUCUUAUAUGACGACGAACAGGCCUCCAUGGGGACCUACACUCAAGCCACCACUUCAGCACCAUUCCCAAACCCUCUCAACAAAACGCACAAUUUCGGUAUACAAGCCACUCCCGGUCCCGCCCAAUACGCCCAAGGAGUGCACUCCUUCUGGGACGCCACCGUGCCUGGAUCGGCUACAGGCGAAAACAUGGCGACUGCUUUCGGCUCUUGGCUGGACGGACGGGCAGCCGAUGCUAGAGCUACUCUGACUAGAGAAGACGAUUACACCAACCACAUGCGCGAUGUCGAUGUGCCAACCCAAAGCGCAGUGACGAACCAAGUCUUUUCACAAGCUACCGAGUUUCUCCCUCUCCUGCGCACUGCAGUGGACCAAAGCGGUGAUCCCGAGGCGGUCACCCGGUUCAUCUGCUUUGCAGAGACGUUGCGCACGUUGUCUGAUGAGCUGCGUUACGAGAGGUUUUUGAGGGAUGAAAUGACGAAUGCGCAGGGUAGGGCGACGGAUGCUGCUUGGAAGGGUUGGAAGAUGACGAGGAGGGGAGCGAGCUUGGCGGAUGGGCAUGCGAGCUUGGAUGAUGCGCGUGCGCUUUGGAGGUCUCAUGAGGACGAUAAAGCCACCAAUUCACAGGACUUGUUGACGGACGAAGAAGGAGAGUGGGACUCCAUGAUGAGAGCUAUAGGAGAUACACCCACCGAAGAUAUUCUACUCUCUUUCAGAGCAUAA